AUGUCGAUUAAACGGGCCCUCUCCAAGGCCAUUCGGGGCCAUGUCAAUGACGAUGACUCGUCGGGCUCCCACGUUCGCUCGCUCUCUCUGGGCCCCUCCAAACCGCGCGCCUCGACCUCGCGUGAUUCUCUUGGCUCCCCUUCCGCCACCGCAUCCCCUCGUCGCAGCAUCCUAAGCACCUUUUUCCGGGAGAAGGACUAUGUUUCUUCCUCCGAGGACUUCUCGGAUGAUUCAUCGACCACGGGCAACCUGAGUAAGAAUCAGCAAAAACGCCUGGUGCGCCAGCAGCGCCGCAAUGAACGCUCUCGUCUCAGCGAAGAGCACUUCUCCGAGUCGGACCACCGACGGAAGGAGGAAGAACUCGCCAAGGCCGCUGCAGACGAGACCCCCGAGAUGAAGACCCGCUACGGCGAAUUGCCACUCAUGCAGUCGCAGAGCCGCCCGCGCGAGUCGCGGACCCCGCUGGAUGAUAUCACCCCGGCUAUGGAGGGGCAGGAGGUUUACUUCACGGCACGCCUGCACGUGGUGCGUCGCAUGAGCGCGAAGCUGGUCUUCCUCGUGUUCCGCCAGCAGCUGUUCACCUUCCAGGGUGUUUUGCAUGAGCGCCAGGGCGCCACCUCCAUUGCCAUGAUCGCGUGGGUGGAGCACCUCCGCGUGGGCUCCUUCCUGCGUGUCCGUGGCAGGGUCCAGAAACCCGAGGUACCCGUUCUAGGCUGCAGCAUCCACGACGUCGAGCUGGCUAUCGAUUCCGUGCAUCUGCUGGUCAAGCGCGAGGAGCCCAUUCCAUUCAGUGUCUACGAGGCUGAAAUCCGCACCAACGAGGAGGACAAGGCUGAAGGUCGUCGCAGCCAUAUCCCCGACCGCACCCGCCUGAGUAAUCGCUUGCUGGACCUUCGGACGGCCACCUCGCAAUCCAUCUUCCGGUUGCAGUCGGCAACCUGCAACCUCUUCCGUAGUGCCCUCGAUGAACGAGGAUUCAUCGAGAUCCACACCCCCAAGCUGCAGGGUGCAGCCACCGAGUCCGGUGCCAGUGUCUUCCAGGUCAAUUACUUUGGUCGCCCUGCCUUCCUGGCCCAGUCCCCCCAGUUGGCCAAACAGAUGGCCAUUGCCGCCGACUUUGGUCGUGUGUAUGAGAUCGGUGCCGUCUUUCGUGCCGAGAACUCCAAUACCCAUCGUCACUUGACCGAGUAUACGGGUCUGGAUAUUGAAAUGGCCAUCGAGGAGCACUAUCAUGAGAUGCUCGAGACCCUGGAUGCUACCAUCAAGAACAUCUUGAGCGGCGUCUAUAGCAAGUAUCGCCGCGAGAUUGACACGGUUAAGCACCAGUUCCCCUCUGAGGACGUUGUGUGGUUGGAGAAGACACCCAUUAUCCGCUUCACCGAUGGCAUUCAAAUGCUGAAUGACUCGGGUUGGCGGGAUGAGGAGGGCAACCCUCUUCCAGUGGAUGAGGAUUUGGCCACUCGUGAUGAGAUUCGUCUGGGCCAAUUGGUCAAGGAGAAGUAUGGCACUGAUUACUACGUCCUCGACAAAUUCCCCCGCGGUGCCCGUCCCUUCUAUACUAUGCCGGAUCCCGACGAUGACAAAUUUACCAACUCGUUCGACAUGUUCAUCCGCGGCCAGGAGAUUGUGUCUGGUGGCCAGCGCAUUCAUGAGCCGCACAUGCUCGAGGAGAACAUGCGCAGGUCGGGCAUCAACCCGGAGGAUAUGGAGGAGUAUCUCGAGGCGUUCCGCUGGGGUGCCCCACCCCAUGCAGGUGCCGGUGUUGGUCUCGAACGUCUCCUGAUGCUCCUGCUUCAGGUGGGCAACAUUCGCCUUACCUCGCUCUUCCACCGUGACCCCAAGAGUCUGCCCGCCAAACCACCCGUUCAGCAGCUUCGCCACCCCGAGGCUUCUACCAUCGAGCCGCCUUGGCAGGAGCGGUCUCGCGUGGCUGCGGAUGCCAGCGAGCUGCAGCCGCUGGAGAAGCUAGUCGCCAACUAUGGAGAUGCCACAUCCACUUCCUGGUUCGAUGAUCGAUUCAAGAUCUGGCGUGAUAUGGCCACCGGUGCUGCCGUGGCUUACGUGCCCAGCAGCAGCAACUAUGUUAUCAUCCCCGGUAACCCUGCGUGCGAUCCAUCUCAGUACGCGCGUACCAUCACACAGUUCCUGCAGUGGCUGCGACGGGACACCAAGUACAAGCCAGUCUGGAUUCUCUGCUCUCCCGAGGUCGAGACCAUUCUUGGUGAGCGCCUAGGAUGGCGCAGCUUGUCUUGCAUUGCCGAAGAGCGUGUUGAGCCGUCUCGCAACCAGGCCGCCUCCGACGGCGAGAUUGCCCGCAAACUGCGCCGUGCCGAGAACGAAGGCAUCAAGGUUGUCUCGUUCAGCCAGGGCGAACUCCCUCCCGAGAAUAUCCGCAAGAAGAUCGAUGAACGCAUUGCCGAGUGGCUCUCCAACCGCAAGGGCACUCAGGUGCAUCUGUCCGAGAUUCGUCCGUGGAUCGACUCUGAGCACCGCUGGUACUUCUACGCCCUUGACAAGGAAGGCGUCAUCUGUGCCUUUGUCGCGCUGGCGAUGCUCGCCCCCUCCCACGGCAUGCAGGUCAAGUACAGCUUGGACUUCCCCAACUCGCCGAGCGGUGUCAUCGAGUACAUCGUUACACAGGCUAUCCAGACCGCCUCCAAGGGCGGUGUCAGUGGUCUGACCUUCGGUGCCGGUGCAACCAGCAAGCUCAUUCCCGGCCACAACCUGCACGGCACCAAGAUCAAGAUGCUGGAGCACACCUACGAGGCUCUGGCCAAGCAGUUCCAUCUCGUGCGGAAGAGCGAGUUCCGUGCCAAGCUGGGCGCUACCGAGGAGCCGCUCUAUAUUUCCUACCCAGCUCACGGUCUCGGCUCGAAGGGUAUCCGUGCGGUGCUGAACUUCUUUGAAGAUUAA